UGGUGCGUGUGCUUCACAUACAUUCCAGGCCUCACAAUGCGAUCAAUCAUUUUCUUAUAAACUGAUUCCCCGGAGCCAAAUCCCUGCUACUUUUGGUUUCUUUAGUAUCUGGAUCCUUUCUUUUCUUUCUUUCUUUAUCACAGUAUGCAACGUUAGACUCAAAGCACCUUAGUAACAUUGUUGUUAAUGUCUGUCUGUCUGUCUUCUUUUCUUCCUUCAACAAGAAAGAAAGAAAAAAGAUCUCGUAUUCUCAGGUUUCUCAGCACAGAAUCAUUUGCAUGAUUUAGUUAUAGACUUGAUGGAGAUGCCUUCACAUCAAGAUCUGUGUAGAUUAUAUGGCUUAAAUGCAUGUCAAAUUUAGCAGAUAACUGAUUUGCUGAUCUGGUUACUGAAAUAAGCUAAGAAUCAUAUUGAAGCUAAUUUUUGUUACAGAAAUGUAACAGUUCGGUGCUGAUUGAAGAGAGAAAAGUGUUCCGGACAUAAAUGUCGCGGCUGACUGAUUCUGUUGGUGGAUUUGGAACUUGAUUAAACCUUAAACUUUGACCAUAUGUCUUUCCUUUGUUAUGCCCUCAAAUCUCAGAAUUUCUCAAUCUCAACAGAAAUUAAAAUUCCAAUCCAGUAUCUCUCGUUCCAUCAUUUCUAUCUGUAAAGGUUUUUUUACUAGAUUUUGGCAUAUGAUUAUGGGAAUGGUAGAUAAGGUUAGGCUAUCACCAUGCUGUCGUGUCAGUAACAAAAGGGGAGUCCAGUAAAGGAGUCACACAGCCAUUUUGCACUACCGUAUUUCCAAUCCAGAGCUCUUUUAGUAGCAAAUCAGAUAGUCAAACUUCAUUGAGAGGUGAAUCUUCUUCUCCACGUCCAUCUCCUUUGAUACGUGAAGAAUCUCUCAGUUUUCCAAAUAAAAUGCAAGUGUCUACAGUUCAACAUCAAAAGUACCAUCCAAAAUCUGGACCAGACAGCCCUGUAUCUCUUGCUUAUCAUGUCCAACUCUCUAAGAGCACAUUUCAACGCUCUUCUGUGUUCUGUACCAGUUUAUACCUGUCAUCUUCAUCUAUCUCUGAAACUAAUCGACAGCUUGGAAAUUUUCCAUUUCUACCACAUCCCCCAACAUAUAGCCAGUCCGUUUCUGCCACUGAUUCAACAAAAUCUCCACAGCUUGUCAGCGAGGAUUUGAGCAGUCCAUUUGAUGAAGAGCGUUCAGAUGGUUUUAUGAUAGACUUUCUCAAUUUGUCUGGAGAUGCCUCUGAGGGUGGCUUUCAUGGCAUGAACUGUACGAGUGACAAUUUAGAACUAACAGAGCAAUUGGAGCUGCAGUUUUUGUCUGAUGAACUUGAUAUAGCUAUCACAGACCAUGGAGAAAACCCGAGGCUUGAUGAAAUAUAUGGAACUCCUGAAACUUCAUCAAAACCAGUCACAGGAUUCGCAUGCUAUCAGAAUUUUCCUUCUAUUGCCCCACCUGUUGAUGCGCUUUCAAGUCAACCCUCUCUUGGUUCAUCCACUGCACACAAGCCAAGAAUGAGAUGGACAACUGAGCUUCAUGAACGUUUUUUGGAUGCUGUCAAUAAGCUUGAUGGGGCUGAAAAGGCCACUCCAAAGGGGGUGUUAAAGCUUAUGAACGUUGAAGGUUUGACCAUCUAUCAUGUGAAAAGCCACCUACAGAAAUACCGACUUGCCAAGUAUUUUCCAGAAAAAAAGGAAGAGAAGAAAGCUUCUUGCUCUGAAGAAAAGAAAGCGGUUUCAAUUAUCAUUGAUGAUGAUGGGAAGAAAAAAGGGACAAUUCAAAUCACCGAGGCUCUUCGCAUGCAAAUGGAAGUCCAGAAGCAGCUACAUGAACAACUUGAGAGAAAAAUUGGAUGCAGCAAGAGAGUAGAAAGAUUUUGCUCGAAUGGUGCUAAGCAUAUGAAGAAUGAUGCCAAUCAAACUGCAGGUUGUGGGAGUGGAAUGCAAGCAGAGAUGUAUUCUGUGGUGGAAGAUGAUAUGACUGCACGUGUUUCAGUAAUUAAUGGAAGAAUAGGUUCCAAAACAUUCAUGAGUAGUGAAGCAAAAGAGAUGUCAAGGCAAGCUCAAAGAUGCAUUGGCAGAUUCUUUUGCGAAACAGGUUUUGAUUUAACCACUGCCACUGUGCCUAGCUUCCAGAGAAUGAUAAAUGCCACUCUUGGUGAUGGUCAAUUGCCAUAUAAGGUCCCAGCUUUACAAGAUUGAAAAGGGUGGAUCCUCCAUGAUGAAGUAGAAGAGACAAAAACAUAUGUGAAGGAGAUUAGUCGCUCAUGGGCAAGCACUGGGUUUAGUGUUUUGCUGGAUGGAUGGGUUGAUGAGAAGGGUCGCAACCUGGUUAGUUUUGUUGUGGAAUGCCCUGUGGGUCCAACUUAUCUUCGCUCAGCUGAUGUUUCAGCUAUCAUUGAUGAUGUGAAUGCCUUACAAUUGUUGCUGGAAGGAGUUAUUGAGGAGGUUGGGAUUGACAAUGUUGUUCAAAAUGUAGCAUUUUCUACUUUAGGAUGGGCAGGGCUUGUAGGCGAACAGUUUAUGCAAAGGAGCUGGCGUGUGUUCUGGUGUGUGAGUGCAUCUCAUUGCAUUGAGCUUAUGCUGGAAAAAUUCAGGGCAAUGGAUUCCAUCAGAAGCGUACUAGAAAAAACAAAUAUCAUUGCGAAGUUCUUCUAAAGACAUGCAGAAGUUUUGAAGCAAACGAGAAAUCAUAUAGAUGACUGCAACUUGAUAAAGCCCUCCAAGAUGAAGUUUGCUAUGCCUUUCUUCACCUUGGAGAAUAUUGUAUCAGAAAAGAACAACUUGAAGGGGAUGUUUGAAUCAUCUGAGUGGAAGAACUCAGUAUGGUCUUCCACUGCUGAGGGAAAGCGAGUGGCUCGUCUGGUUGGGGAUCAAUCUUUCUGGAAUGGAGUAGAGAUGGCCUCAAAAGCAUCUUCUCCGCUGCUGCUUGUUCUUUGCUUGGUUAAUGAGGCUGAUAAACCACAGGUGGGAUACAUAUAUGAAACCAUGGAUCAAGUAAAAGAGACGAUUAAAAGGGAAUUCAAAAACAAGAAAUCAGAUUAUAUUCCUUUUUGGACAGCAAUUGAUGACAUAUGGGAUGCACAUCUCCAUAGCCCUCUACAUGCAGCGGGUUAUUAUUUAAACCCAUGUCUGUUUUAUUCAACUGAUUUCUAUAGUGAUCCAGAGGUUACAUUUGGCCUGUUAUGCUGUGUUGUUCGUAUGGUAGCACACCAGCGCACUCAACUUAUAAUAACAUUUCAACUUGACGAGUAUAGACAUGCUAGAGGUGAUUUUGAAGAGGGGAGAGCAAUUGCCGAAAGAACCAAUAUUUCUCCAGCCCAAUGGUGGUGUACCUAUGGGAAACAAUGUCCUGAGCUGCAAAGAUUUGCCAUCAGAAUUCUGAGCCAGACUUGUGAUGGUGCAUCUAGGUAUAACCUGAAGAAGGGUAUGGCCGAGAAGCUUCUCAUGGAUGGAAGGAACCGAAUCGAGCAACAAAGAUUGAAUGACUUGGCAUUUGUUCAUUAUAACUUGCAGCUGCAAAACAAACGAUAUGGUGUUGGAAACAAUGUUGUGGGUGAAGAGAUUGAUGCCAUGGAUGAUUGGGUCGUGGAAGAAGCACCAGAGGAGACUGCACCAGAAAAUGGUGGCCUUGGAUGGAUGGACUCAGACUGCAGUGGAGCCACUAAAAAUGUUGAAGUACGUUGUGGAAUUCAAGCAAAGGAGUAGACCGUUGAUGAUGCAUGAACACAAAAAUGUUGCAGGUCUUUUGUGUUUUCUGCUCUUGCAUGGGAUAGAACCAUGACAUCCUCGCUGCAAUCAGCCUUUUGUUUCUGAAGUCUCUAUAUCAAAAUGUUAUGUAGGUGGUUUUAUAUUUUAUUCUCCUCCUCCACCUUUCCCCACUAUUUAAUCUUUGAUGGCAUGGAAUACAAUUUAAGAGAAAAUGCUUUGAUGAUCAGAACCCCAUAACAUAAAGAGAAAAUAUUGAUUUAA